AUGCCUGUGCGUGGCUUCGUAGGGCCGCAGUACUCAAACGUGGGAUUUAGGUACGGGUACAUCGGCGUACAACCAGACCCCAUGGUGCAUGCACCCGCAUCUGUUGCAACGCCUCCUGUCGCGCCGUCAACACCAUUCCCCAACGCGAUUCAUCCGGAAAGCCAGCCAGCGGUGCAAGCCCCGCCAUAUCCUAGAGAAGCAUUAGUUGUCGGUUUGGACACACGGGCGCGAAAAGACGACCCAUCAUCGAACGUGGUUGCCGGUGGUUUAGGGCGUGCGGUGAAUGGUGGAGCGGGGAUGAAUGCAAGCGCGCGUGCACAUUCGCCGCCAAUAUGGAACGUGAACUCACUGUUGCCCGGAAACCCCGACGUCCACAUCCGCACCCCCGCGCAUCCGACUGUAGCGUACGCGACUGGUGUAGGUGGGCAACCACAGGCAAACGCGGGGAACGCGGGGCGUGGAGCGGGUGCAAGCGGAAACGCGGUAAGGGGAAGAGGGAUGGGUGCGAGAGGGAACGCGGGAAGAGGGACAGGGGAGAGAGGGAACACGGCUAGAGGGAGAGGUGCGAGACAAAGGGGUGGGAGAGCGAGCGCGGGACGUGGAACACGUGUGGGAUCGAACGAGUAUAGUGCGAACGGGCAGGGAGCGCAUGGGGUGACAUGUAACGACGGCAGGGGUAGCGGUGUUAACGUGAACGGCGGGUCACGUAACGGGCCAGUUAAUAGACCGCGUAUAAGGAGGCGGAGAGUCGAUGUAGUGCCGCACGCAGCACGCAAUGGCUCCUGGGAGGGGAGCGAGGGGGCAAGCGAUGAGGAUGACGAGGACUACGCUGACGAUGCGGACGAUAGUUGGAAUGACGAUGACCAAAACUACCUAUCGAACUCGCUGUCCGCGCUCAACGAGGAGGAGGCGGAAGACAACGAACGGGUGCGGGGUACGCGGAGGGACAUUGAGGUCCCUAUCGCGGAUUGGAACAGGCUAGGUGUGGACGACACGCCGGCCGCGAAACGAGAGAUGUGCUUCGGAAUCCUCUACAGUGUCUCUGAGGCCACGCUGAAGAAGUAUCGCGGUUGGGCCAACGAGUACAAGCGGUUCAUGGCUCACGAGCUGCCUAAACUGGACGCGGGUAGGUUUGGUGAUGAGGCCGGGCUCGAACAGAACAUGGGUGGUGACUGGAAGAUGGCGGAGGUCGACGAGCAGUGGUUCCACGGCCCUGAGACGAAUCCGUGGCGCUUACGCAAAUACGUGACCUUCCUCGCGAACGAGACAGUCGCGCAGGCGUACAGGAUGGCCACACUCAAGACGGGCAAGACAAACAAGGACUUCUCGCUCAACUACAUAUCUGCUGUGAGGCACAUAGAUUGGACGCUGUGCGUGGUCGGAGCCACGCUGUUGUGGCUGCACUGGGUGUACGACUUGGUUCCCAUUCUCUGCGAGGACAUAGCCCCCCCUCUCGACUUCAUGGAACCCUCGACGUGGGCUGGGGGGGCGCAGCACGCGUCCGCGGAUGGAAUGCCUUCGGAUCAGCUGGCGAGGCUGGGGGGUUGGCGCUUCAUCGACGUGAUGACUAAGCACUACCUCACAACCAUUCCGAGGGAGGCCGUGCUGCUGAAGGCGGGCUUCACCGGGGUUGACGGUGACUACUUCCUGGGUCGCGCAACUGUUCCGUGCAAUGAUUACAACCGCAGGAUGGUGAAAAAGCAGAAGCUGGAGAAGCGGGACACCGCGGGGCUAAACAUACUGAAGGAGCUGGAUGGGGACGCUAGGAUGGCGGUCGCGCAAGACCUGGCGAUGUAUUACAUCCACCAGCCGCGACACCUGGUGGAGCAAGGAGACGACAUCGCGGUAGUGCUCGACAAGCUCGACCUCAUGUCCGGAGCUGUAGGCAUGUCGGGUGUAUCGGAAGGGAUCGCGGUAAAGAAGAAGAGUGUUGACCUGGAACUGAGCCAGCUCAAGAAGGGUUCUCCGGUGGAGGUGCAGUUGCGUGUGAAAUGGAUGCUUGUUCGCGACCGUCUCAUCAAUGCCUCUCUUCCCGCGUCUGAGUUCACGCUCACGUGGCCCCUGUACUGUGCGCUGAUGCCAGAAUUGCAGUAA